AUGACUGUUCCUAACAUUGAUAUUUUUAAAAGUUUCAUACUUAAAUAUAUUUAUACAGUGGAAUUUAACACCCAAAAAGUAUUUGAAACAGUUUUUGGAAUUUAUUCGAAGAGUCUCUUUAUCGAAGUUAUGAUUUGUCUACACCUUAUAAAAAUUAAUAAUUAGAAGAUCAAAAUAGAGAAAUUUUCGUUUUCUUACUUGAGAUUAUUUAAUUAUGCCUUUUUUUCACCAAAGAAAAUUUUUAUGAAUUUGGCUUAGAUUGCAGAACAAAAAAAGGCAUACAACAGUGAGACAUUUUAUAUCGAAAAAUAGCCUACAGAUCUAUCAAUGAAUUAAUUAUAGGUUAAUUAUUCAUUAUAUAUCUUCUAGGUAUUUUGGCAUUUCACUAAGAAGGUCUUAUUCAUACAAAUACCUCACCAAAAUCAAUUUAUAUUGACAAUGAAAAUUAUAUUGACUAUGAAAACUUAAUGGAAGCUCACUUUUAUAUCGGAGAUUAUGAGAGUGUUAAAGAAGAGGAUUUAAUAAUAUAUUAAGGUAUUCAAUAAAAUAGCUCAUAUUAAUUUCAUGCUCCAAAGGGAAUAUAAGAUGAAAUCUGAUAUAUAUUACUUUGGAUUAUUUAUGAAUUUGCACCUCAGCAAAAAAUAUUCUCCUCAUUAAAGCUGA